AUGGUGAGCACCCGUGCCCGGACCGUGGAGACCCCCUCGAUGCCGAAGAGGGAAGGAAUGGUGGCGGCGGGUGCGACGCCGCCGCCGGCGUGCCUCGCCGGCCGCCGGAGCGGGGAGUGGGAGGGGAAGAGUGGAACUUCUCUGGAGUACGAGAGGUGCAGGGAGGAGAGGAUCCGAGAGAACAUGGAGAGGAUGCAGAAGAUGGGCAUCCUCGAUCUUGCGCUCAAGUUUAAGUCUUCCGUUUCGGGGAGCAGUCCGGCCUCCAAAGGGCUACAGAGCCGGCGGUCUACUCCGUCCCCUGCCAAGCUGACCAAGGACUUGCCUCCACGCCGAUCCUCCAGGUUUUAAUCCACAGAUAGCGACUGGAUAGUAUUAGCGUUAGGGAUUUGGUGCUGCAUUUGGUAGGAAAUCUGGUGUUUAUGCUGCCUGUGGCCGACACCAUUUUAGCCCGAACCAUUUACAUUCUGCUCCUUGUUUUGCUGAUAUUUUCCUCUAAUUUUUCCUGCUGAUGUUUCCUUUUUCUGGCCAUCGGAAAGUUUCCUGGUAUUUUGGUGGCAGGUUAUUGACCACCUUGAUCUUUGUUGGAGGGCUUUUCUUUGAAUCUAAUCCUGUUUUCAGGGUAUCCUCCUGCUCGAUCUCGUUCUUCUGAUCAUCCCUCCAUUUUUUGUCUUCAACAUUGUUUGUUCAGGUCGCCGAUCUCCUCCUCGGUUUCGUGGUCAUUUUGGUUGAUGGGUCAUCGUCGGCGUUUGAAUUUCUCCAGGAUGACUACUGCCAUGAUACUUUUAUACUUUCCUCUUGAUCUGAUGUCCUGAGCUGGUUCAGACUGCAGCACGCGACGCAGAUCAGCUAUUCGGAGAUUGAGGUGAAGAGGAAAGACAAAAGCCAGUUCAGAGGGAGCAAGAUCUCAGUGGAGGAGCGCGCGAAGGAGGAGAUUUAUACCGAUGAACACCAAGAUUUACUGGGCGACCGUGAAGCUAGCUGGACUCUCUUUGUGGAUGGCUACGACAAGAAUGGAGCGCGGAUCUAUGAUCCUGUCAGAGGAAAGACAUGCCAUCAGUGCAGGUUGGUGCUUAGAUGAUCUUCAGAGAGUUCAUCGGUGGGGUGGUACCAUUAUAGUAGAUCCAAAUGCAGUCUGACUGGAGAAUGUCUUACACCCAAAUGCAGGCAGAAGACUCUAGGGUACCGUACACAUUGCAGCAGCUGCAACCUCGUUCAGGGCCAGUUCUGUGGAGAUUGUCUGUACAUGAGGUCCGUUCCUGCUUAAAAUCAAUAUAUGUUAAUCAUAACCCACAGAAACAGAUGAUGAUGAUUACUACUGAAAUCGCUCCAUUGAUGAUUAUCAAGGUGUAAUUCCUUAAUAUGCCAUGGAUGCGGUGGGAUUCCUCGAAUUUCUUCAGCUUGACUGCAUCUUUGCUAGAUAAAAGAUGGUAGCUUUUCGCGUUAACAUCAGUUGAUAGAUACCCUGUCUUUUCUCUGAGAAAUCUCAGAUAUGGCGAGAACGUAUUGGAAGCGAUCAAGAACCCCGGCUGGGUGUGCCCGGUGUGCCGAGACAUCUGCAAUUGCAGCCUCUGCCGCACGAAGAAAGGAUGGGCUCCGACCGGCUGUCUUUACAAGAAGGUAGUAAUCGAGGACCGGAGGCUCUUGUUUUGUGAUCUUAUCCUCUCGCCUGCGAUUUUGUGGAUCACAUCAGAGCUCUCCGGGAUUCUUUCUUGUUCAGGUUGUGAGUCUUGGCUUCAAGUCGGUGGCGCAUUUCCUCAUACAGACCAGGCGGCACCCAGUAGAUGGAGAUGGUGAGGUGGUGCCGGCCCUCCCCGUCUCUGCGCAGAGAUCCCUUCCCUUCACCGACGAGGAAGAACCAGCAAGAACUACUGAAAACCCGAGAAAGAGGCGGAAGAAAGAAGCUGAAUCUACACCCGGUGCGGAAGAAACUAUGGAGAAAGUUGGCGACGUGGAUGGAGAAAAGGGAAGCCAUAGCCCAGAUGAGGAUGUGGCGAAAGGUUGUGGCGAAGAGAGAACACAGGGCAGAGAAGAACCCGACAGAGGCUGUGUUAGUGACCGGGAUAGAAGGAAUGGUGGGAAGGACCAACGGAGAACUAGCGCAGACAGCGUGGCAGGGGGACCAACGGAGAGUAAUCAGAAGCCUGGUGGAAACAAGGGUAGAAGCAGAGGAGGGCGCCUCCUCCCUGUGGACGUGAUGCGGCCAAGCCCGGAUUCCAUUGCUGGGAGGCUGAGAAGCCGGAUGAAAGUCUGA